UAUCUCAACUGAAGGGAAUCGGAAAUCAUGGGAAACAAACAAAUAAAACAACAUUUGGAAACGGCACAAAAGACGGGAAUAUUGAAGAUUAGUUUGCAGCGUUUACAGGAGUUGCCUCCACAGCUGAAGAACUAUCCAAAUGUUUUGAAAACAUUGGAUUUGUCCCAGAAUCGUUUUGAGAAAAUACCCGAUGAAAUUGGACGAUUUACGCUUAUCAAACAUUUCAAUAUGAGUGGGAAUCGUAUUGUCGAUGUACCUGAUGCUCUGGGAGAACUUAUCAAAUUGGAGGUGCUGCUACUGAACGAUAAUAUGAUUGUAAAGAUACCGAGAACUUUAUCAAAUUGUCAAAAUCUAAAGACUGUCAAUUUAAGUCACAAUCAAUUGACUGAAUUUCCUGUGAUGUUUUGUGGUCUCAAACAUUUGGAUGUUUUGGAUUUGUCGCGCAAUAAAAUAACUGCGGUGCCCAGUGAGGUUGGCACACUGCGUGUUACAGAGCUGAAUCUAAAUCAAAACCAAAUAUCAAUUCUGUCCGAAGAAAUUGCCGAAUGUCCAAAGCUAAAAACUUUGCGUUUGGAGGAAAAUUGUUUACAGGCCAGUGCCUUUACGCCUCGCAUCCUUAAAGAAUCCAAAGUUUGUAAUUUAUUUGUUGAUGGCAACCUGUUCAACCCCAAAGAAUUCAAUCAACUAGAUGGCUAUGAUGAAUACAUGGAACGUUAUACCCAAGUUAAGAAGAAAAUGUAUUAGGCUGAAAUAAUUAAU